UUUCAGCUAAUAACAGGAAAAUAUGGAUUUUGUUCACUGUAAUAAAUGCUUCAACCGAAAACCACCGGAUGGAUUCUUCAUCUCUUCAUGUUUUCACAUUUUUUGUACGAAAUGCGCGAAAGCAGAUCUUGCUGUCUGUUUGAUUUGUAAGAAAAAUGUGAGACUUGUUCGAUUGGAUGGAAACAUAAGCUCAGGAAUCAAAAUAUAUUUUGCUGACCCUAUAAAAAUGGUGGCAGAUUCAUUGGCGAAAAUACAAAAGAAAAUAGAUUUCCAACAGAGCACAAGAGAUCAUCUUGUCAAAUAUUUGACUAAGGAGAAAGAGAAAAAACGACAAAUGGAGGUAUAUUUUCGAACGAAAGGGCAGGAAUUCGAUUCACAAAGGAAGAAGCUAGCGGAGGCGACCGCGUGGAUUCAAAUGGCAGAAAAGAAAUUGCAAGCAAGUGAAGAAGAACGGGUAAAAGCUGAGAGAGAAAUUGAAGAGUGUCAAGCAAAAUUGAAAUCUAUGACAAAUUUAAUGUCCGCCGACACUCUUGGAAUGAACUCUCAAACUCCAUUUCCAUUCAGUCUUGCUGAAUCACAAGAAACGGCACCAUCUCUUGUCGAAUCGUCUGCAAAUUCAACAUUUAAUAUGGUCUCACCGCUAGUUAGCUCUCCAGCUUCAUCACCAAAUUCCAUUAAUUAUAAUUCGUUUUUCGAAAAUGGCAGCCGCACUAGACCAGAAUCAUUAAACGAAGAAGCUAUGUUCAAUACAAUGUUGCAGAGCAGUGGACAGUCAGCUAAUGCAAACACGUCAGAAUCAUCAGCUUUCAGUGUGGCCUUCAAUAAUAUAUUCACCCCAUCGCGUAAUAAUAUGGGAGAUAGUUCGAUGAUAAACAAAACUACGGCAAAUCAGACAAUCAUGGACAAAACUAGUAUGUCACUGGAAAAUUGGAGGCAAAAUAGAGCGAAUUCAUUUGGAGUGCAUGAUAUUUCUAAAAGAGAUUCUUCGCUGCCCACAGGAGGCGGUUCUGCGAUACGUGUUCAUCAUUUCAAACAGAAUUCACGAAUUACUCCAAUAGCACAAAAUCGUCGAAGUGCAGCUGGAUUCGACCGUCAGCAGAUACAAGAAAUGCGUCGAAUCUCAUCUCAACCCGGAUACCUCGCACAAAGGAAACCGAUCAAUGGUCGGAGCUUCAUUGGACCCGCCGAUUAAUGUUUUAAUCUCGUUUUUUUCUGAAUUCGUUCUUUAUUUGUUGAUAUAUACAUCAUGUACAAUUCAACUUUAAUGUUUAUUUCAUAAAAAUUGGGUUAAAA